AUGGCAAGCUUGGUUAAUCCUCCAUCGUUCCAGGGAAAAUUUGAACUGCGUGAUUUCACGCUGAAAGCAGCAAGUCUGCCGAACAACCUCGCAAGGGUGGUUGUACCGCCAUGGAGUGACCAUAAGGAUUCAUUUACACCAGAGCACCCCGAGCCUAAGUUCGAGUUAAAGUUAGCCUCAACGGCCAGCUCUCCAUGUCACAUUCGUGGGAGCCACGAUACCGACGAUGGGUCGGACCUUGGGCACGCAAAGGAUAUGGGACCCUUCGGCCAGUCAUUUUGUCGCCCCAGCUUCCCUUUCCAAUGUUCUCCUCCGCGAUCCCAGCGUUGGAUGCGCUCCGGACAGAAUCCAAACUCCAGAUAUGCGGGCAAAUCUUAA